CCCUCAGCUGUGUGUCUGGUAUAAAUACUUUUUGUCCUGGCUUCAGUCUGUCUUCACAGCGGCAGCAGCUCCGUCUCAGAGGUCAAACACACGAUGGCAGCACCAAAGAAAAUCUGUGUGGUUGGCUCUGGUAACUGGGGCUCUGCCAUCGCCAAGAUUGUGGGUGCCAAUGCAGCCAAGUAUGACAAGUUUGAGACCACAGUGAAUAUGUGGGUGUUUGAAGAGAUGGUGAGUGGACGCAAACUCACAGAAAUCAUCAACACAGACCAUGAAAACGUGAAGUAUCUGCCCGGUCACAAGCUGCCCCCCAACGUGCUGGCUGUUCCAGACCUGGUUGAGUCUGUGAAAGGAGCUGACAUCCUGAUCUUUGUGGUCCCUCACCAGUUCAUUGUGAGGGUGUGCGACACCAUUAAAGACCACAUCAAGAAAGAUGCCAUAGGAAUGUCUCUCAUCAAAGGUGUCGAUGCAGGUCCAGAGGGUCUGAAGCUGAUCUCAGAGGUCAUCCGAGGGAAACUGGGCAUCACCACGACGGUCCUCAUGGGAGCAAACAUUGCCAGUGAGGUCGCAGAGGAGAAGUUCUGUGAGACAACCAUCGGGUGCAAAGACAAAGCUUAUGGGCCCAUGUUGAAGGAGCUGAUGCAGACCACCAACUUCCGUGUGACCGUGGUGGAAGAGUCUGAUGUGGUGGAGAUCUGUGGGGCACUCAAGAACAUUGUAGCGGUGGGAGCAGGUUUCUGUGAUGGCCUGGGAUUUGGCGACAACACCAAGGCAGCAGUGAUUCGUCUGGGCCUGAUGGAGAUGAUUGCCUUUGCCAGGGUCUUCUGCACAGAUUGCCCCGUCUCCCCUGCCACCUUCCUGGAGAGUUGUGGCGUCGCUGACCUCAUCACAACCUGCUAUGGUGGACGCAACCGCAAGAUUGGGGAGGCCUUUGCUAAAACAGGCAAGACCAUUGAGCAGUUAGAGAAUGAGCUGCUGAAUGGGCAGAAGCUUCAAGGUCCAGCAACUGCAACUGAGGUGCACCACAUACUGAAACAGAAAAACAUGGUGGAAAAGUUUCCUCUUUUCACUGCUGUUUACCAGAUCUGCUUCAAUGGCCACCCUGUCACAGAUUUCAUCAAAUGUUUGCAGAAACACCCAGAGCACAUGUGAAGGACUGAUGAAGGGGAAGAAACUGUGAAAGGACUUUAACAUUAGAAUUACUGUAUAACCCAGGUGAUUAUGGGACAGGGGGGUUAGGUGAGGACUCUGCCAAAUCUUGACUACAUUGGCUACAUGAAUACUCGAACAGAAAAGCAAAAAAAUGGAGCAGAGUUGCUUCUUUACGUGAGCUGCUGUGUUGACCUGUCACUGGCAAAAGCGUAACUCGUGCUUCUCCUGAUUACAAAAAUACAUGUCACAACCUGUCGCGUAAAUUUACCAAGUCUUAAAAAGACAGACGUUUGGAUCACUCUGCCUUAUACAAAACAUAAACCGUUGCAUCAUUUCUCAGUUAAAAGUGCCUUAACUCGUCUCUCUACUGACAAGUAAGUUUUCCAGUGUUUAACAAAGCGCUGAGCUCACAACUGUAACCACUCCCACUGAACUGUUUUUCUUCUGACCUUCUGAAGAGGUAGCCACUUACCUAACAUGAUUUAUUUUGGAAUAAAUUAUUGAACUUGUUCACCUUG